AUGCCCAAAGAAGACACAGGCCCGCAGAACAAGCUGGCCGAACGUAUGAUGAUGCGGCAGGAGGCUGUGGCCGCCGAGAUCGGCUGUAGCAGCUCGGAGCAGCGUAAACUUCGAGAUGCCCAGCAUCAACAAGCCAUGGAUGCGACUCCGGCCCCGGCAGAGAAGAAGCCAAUGAUGUCAAACGAAGACGGAAAUCGAACGAAAACGGAAAUCCUGACCGCACAUAAGAAAAGGCAGCAGGAGGCUGCUGCGGCCAAGAUCGCUGAAGCAGCUCGCAAAAGGAUGGAGGAGAAAAACGCGUUGAAGAAACUAAUGGAUCAACGUAAACUUCGAGAUGCCCAACAUCAACAAGCCAUGCAUGCGACUCCGGCCCCGGCAGAGAAGAAGCAAGAGACCGUAAGGGACCCCUUUUCCUCCAUUCUCGGAACGGAAAAUUAUCACCUCUUGGCCAAAGCAGCCGACCUCAAGAACCUGAAAGGCACCCUGAAUGGGUUUGAGGCGUCUCUGUGUGGUUCGAACAGCUACUCGAUGUAUGAUUCUUUCCGGCGAGCCAUCUCGGAUGUUAGUGAGCACGUCAAGAAAAGCGACCAGCCGCUGGACUCUGAUUCGUUACUGUCGAUGUUCUUGGCGUGGAUUGCGCGUGCAGCCGGCUGCAAGAUCAACGCACUGCUGCCCCCUGGAGAAGUGUUUCCAGAAGCUGAAGCUUAUUUACUGAACUUGCGACAAGCUGGGCUUCCACAGGUUUAUAAGGACACCGAACGACCGGAAAAAGUUUCCUCGAAACGGCGACAGACAGUGCCUGAUGAACCGACACUCGAGGAAGAGAUACAGCGUAAUGUGAGGAACACGAUGGAUAUGUUGACGGCAUACAACCUCGAGGAUCUGAAGCCCCCUCAGGCGGCCCUUCUCUUGUUCGCCCUGUGUCGACAAGGCCUUUCGAACUACGAGCAUCUGAAGCUGAUUGGGGUCGUCGAGAAAUUGCUAGACUGUGAACAAGGACGGCAGCGCAUUAUAAUGCACGAAUUUGCGGCAAUCUUCGGCCAUUUGACGCAAGACCAGCAUUUGUCAACGAGCUGCGUCCGAAUCCUACGUCAAGCCGCUUGCGGUUGCGUGGCCGUAUGGCCGGUGCUCUCCUCGACGCUGAUUCAAAAGACCGAACGCGAGGAGCUGGCCGUCACUCCACUCGAGGACCUUUCGAAGGAAGACUACGUCGCUCAGCAUUUGCACAUUUUCAACGAGGCACUCGAAGAAGCCCAUUUUGACGUCAAGACGUACCUCGAGAUAUUCACGAUCACGGACUUGGCCUGCUGUCACUGUGUCGUUGCCCUCGCAAGAGACAGCAAGAAGUUCAACAGGAUCAUUAGCCGCGUGCAGAAAACAGUGCGUAAUCAAGAAUCGAUCGAGGGCGCCGAGUUGAAGCUGCGCCUGUUGUCCAUCGAGGGCCAUAUCGAGCAUACGCGAGCUGAGGAAACGGCUUCAACGGCGCGCGCCGAGCCCGACGACGCGCCUAGUGAUAUCGGCCUGGACACUUAUGCGGACGAUGUGUCGGAUUUGGAAUUUAGCGAU